AGGGGUGUGAUGGGAAAUGUCAACGGAAGAGACGAUGGGGCUGGCGCUGGUGGUAGUGAUGAUGAAGGUGAUGGUGCUAUCCCAUCUCAGGUUGAAAUUGAAGAGGGUGGCGUUGUGGGUGUGGGUGCGCAUGUUGACAUGACUGCUCAGGAUGGUGCGCACGUUAGCUAUCACCCCCAUGGUGGUGGUGAAUUGAUGGGUCACUCACCUCCUCCGAGCCCUAGGGCAGCUCACUCACCAUUGAUGUUCACUCCACAGGUCCCAGUGGUUCCACUGCAAAGACCUGAUGAGAUAAAUGUCCCAAGCCCUUCUUGGAUGCAAACUUCCUCAGGGUUUGAUGACAUGUGCAGUGAGCAAGGGAUUCCCACAAUGAUUACAUGGAGCUACGAUGGGAAUGAAGUUGCCGUGGAGGGCUCAUGGGAUGAUUGGAAGAUAAGAAAGCCUUUGCAGAGAUCAGGAAAGGAUUUCACUAUUAUGAAAGUGCUUCCAUCAGGUGUUUACCAGUACAGGUUUAUCGUUGAUGGACAAUGUAGGUAUGCCCCUGACAUGCCAUGGGCCCAGGAUGAUACUGGAAAUGCUUACAACAUCUUGGAUUUGCAGGAUUAUGUACCAGAAGACAUCAAAAGCAUUUCUGGUUUUGAACCUCCUCAAUCCCCAGAUGCGACCUAUAACAACUUGCAACUUGGUUCUGAGGAUUUUGCAAAGGAGCCACCACUAGUUCCUCCGCAUCUACAAAUGACUUUGCUCAAUGUUCCAACCUCCUUCAUGGAGAUUCCACCUCCUUUUUCAAGACCCCAGCAUGUGGUGCUUAACCAUCUUUACAUGCAGAAAGGGAGGAGUAGCCCAUCCGUAGUGGCACUCGGUUCAACACAUCGGUUUGUAGCUAAAUAUGCAACGGUGGUACUCUACAAAUACAUUCAGAGGUAAAAAAUAAAAAUAAAUAAGAAAAAAGAAAAGAAAAGAAAAGAAAAGGCUUUGACUCUGUAUGGAUGCUAGUUUUUGUUCGUUUCAUGUAAUUGAUAUAAUUAUUCAGGGUAAGUUGUUAUGCCAGUGGUUCAAGUUAAUUCCAGAGAAAAAAAUUCCAUUAUGGUAAACUUUGGAAUUUUUUGUGACAUAAUGCAAAUGGUUGAUCACCUUUUGGCUGACAGUUUUUCGGCUGAUAGAAUUAUUUAGACAUUCUUCCUGUGUACUGUUGAGCUCUUAUUUCACUGUAGUUUUUUUUAAUAGAAUCACUUUGUGAUUUUGCAA